AUGAAGGGCAUCAGGGAUGUAUGUUUAGUCCUCUUGAUCUUUACUUUUACUUCCAGAGCAGACAAAUACAAGGAGCAAGCACUAAGGCUAAUGUCUGAGACGCCACUGAUAGAUGGACACAAUGAUUUGCCAUGGCAACUGAAGCGUCAGUUUAACAAUCAGCUAAACACUGUGGACCUGCACACACUCAAUUCAACGCACACCAACAUCCCUAAAAUCAAAGAGGGCCACUUAGCAGCACAGUUCUGGGCUGCAUAUGCCCCAUGUGCCGCUCAGUACAAAGAUGCAGUUAGACACACCUUGGAGCAGAUUGAUAUUAUUCACAGAAUGUGCAACAAAUAUCCUGAAGAGUUCAUGUUUGCUGUCAGCAGUCAAGACAUACUGGAUGCCUUUACCAACAAUAAGACGGCGAGCCUGAUUGGGGUGGAAGGAGGUCACUCCAUAGACAGCAGUCUGGGAACAUUACGCACAAUGUAUCAGCUGGGAGUCCGUUAUCUGACUCUCACACACAGCUGCAAUACUCCCUGGGCAGAUAACUGGCUGGUGGAUACAGGAUCAGAUCCCGUGGAGCACAAUGGCCUGAGUGACUUUGGCAAGCGAUUGAUUGGUGAAAUGAACCGCAUGGGCAUGCUGGUGGACCUGGCUCACGUGCCAGAACAGGUGAUGAACCAAGUGCUGGAGAUCAGCAAAGCCCCCAUCAUCUUCAGCCACUCUUCUGCUUACAGCAUCUGUCAGCACAAGAGAAACGUCCCAGAUGACAUCCUUAAGAAAGUGAAAGAAAAGAAUGGGAUUGUAAUGGUGAACUUCUAUAAUGACUACGUCACAUGUAGCCCAAAGGCAAACCUUUCACACGUGGCAGAUCACUUUGACCACAUCAAGAAAGUGGCUGGUUCCAGCAUAGUGGGCUUUGGUGGUGAUUAUGACGGUGUGACCAGGUUACCAACUGGUCUGGAAAAUGUUUCCAAGUAUCCUGACCUGGUAGCUGAACUGCUGAGACGGGGCUGGACAGACAACGAGGUCAAAGAUGCUCUUGGAAGGAACCUGAUUAGAGUGUUUAAAGCUGUUGAAAUGGUACGAGACAGCAUGAAGAGCAUGACUCCUGAUGACAUCCCCAUCCCUCUGGAGCAAGUCCAGAGCUCCUGUAGGACAGAUUACGGCUAUCCGGAAAAGUCCAGUGCUACAAUCAUGCCAUCUCACAACUUCUUGAUAUUAUUAACACUGCUCUUACACUCGCUGAUUGCCAAAUUGAUGUAAUUGUAGCAUUCAUAAAAGUCCAGCUGUACAAAACUGAACACUAGAAAAGUUCACUUAGCAGUAUUUAACUCUGUGGAACCCCUUUCUGUUGAAUUAAACAUGUGAUAGUCCUUUUUUUUUUUAAAAAACAAAUACGGUGUCUUGCAAAAGUAUCCAUCCCCCUUCAUGUUUGAUCUGUUUUGUCACAUGGCAUGCUGGAAUUAAAAUGGAUUUUUGGGGGGUUAGGACCGUUUGGUUUACACAA